UAUAAUUUGUUUGUCUCUAUCUUUACACGUUAAUUCCCCUACAAAUUAUUAUUCAGCUACUCUCGUAAGAAAUUGUCUGUCAAAGAGACGACCACAAAACAAAAAGUCCAUAAUUUUAUUUUCUCUUUAAUUUAUAUUAGUUGGGCUAUUUACCCCAUAUAUCUAAUACAUCUCCCGAAGAGACCGUCUCUCACAACAAUUUGUAAUUAUUACUUCAUACAAAACAUCUCUUAUAUUAAAUAGAAACAGAUCACAGGUAGACAAACCAGACAAAAAAAAAAAAAGAAAUUUGCAUUGCAAUAACUUUCUGAAAGAUCAGCUGAUCGAUCAUUAUACCAAAUGGCCUCCCAGAAAGUGAUGAUAAUGGCAGUAUUAUUAGCGGUGAUGAUGGUGUCAUGGACACAGUCUGGUGGAGCACAAAAUGAUGCAUCAUGCAUUCAGGCAUUGAUACCAUGUGCACAAUUCAUCAAUGCCACAAACCCACCAGAAAUCUGCUGUGGACGUCUUGUGCAGGCGUUCCAAAAAGAGUUGCCGUGCCUUUGUUCCAUUCUUCAAAACCCAAGCCUUGCUGCGGCUGCUAAUGUUAACAUGACUCAGGCUAUGGAACUCCCUUCUAAAUGUAAUAUUACUGCUGCAAAUGAUCCCAACAUUUGUAAAAAAGUUUCUACAACUCCUACACCAGUAGCUGGUGGUCCUACAGCUUCAGCUUCAUCUCCAGCUUCAGAGGCGGGUGGACCUACAACUUCAACUAUAGCAAAAGGAAGCAAUGCUGCGAGCAGCGUUUCAUGGACAGGACCAGUCUCCAGCUUAAUGUUGUUGUUGGCAGGAUUCAUGCUCUAUUAACUACUUCUUUCAACAUGACGUUGACUUUCCUUUUUCCUCUUAUUAUAUUGUUGUAAUUUUAAGGGAAAUUUUAUUGGGUGGCUCUUAAUUUUUGCUUUUCUACGUGGUAGACAAUAAAUCCACGUGGUAACUUUAAGCUUCUCACUAGUUGAUAUGGUAGACAAAAUUUUAAGUCUUUGGUUAAAUUAAGAACUCAUUAUGAUUGGAUUACGAACUAUGUGGCCAAUUAGGGUGAUUGCAACGUCUAUUUUUUGAAAAAAAUUAUUAUUUUUGGAAAAAAUAGCGUAAAACUAACAAAAACACUUCACUUCUGUCUACCACGUGAAAAAGUUAGAAGUUUAAGGUUACCAUGUGGAUUAAAAAAAUAUUUUUCUACCACAUGAAAAAGCCGAUAAUUUAGAAUUACCACCUGGAAUUUUUCUAAUUUUAAUCUUCUUAUUUGAUGAUUGAUUGUAUUGUUUUGACCUUUACGUACUUAUACAUGUAUUACUAAUAAUUAUUUUAUUUAUAUCUUC